CACACUCCUGCGUUGAGAAACCGAUUUUCAUCGGUGGGGUCGCAUUCAAAGGGUGUUUCUCCGUUCCUAUACGGACUGCAACUUCCCCGACUGAGUUUAUGGUCCUUUUCUCAUAGACAUUUUGAAGUAUGGCUGGAAGUAAAGAACACUCCAGAAUUUGACUUGAGAUCUCAACCAACAGUUUUCAAKUGAAAAGGGUUUCUCACACCAUCCUCCAUCUUAACUUCCGUCAGAGAGGUAGAUUGUGAGUCAGCUUCCCAAUGAACUGGGCAUUCCUCCAGGGCCUCCUCAGUGGGGUGAACAAGUACUCCACAGCGUUCGGCCGUGUGUGGCUGUCCGUUGUCUUCCUCUUCAGGGUCAUGGUGUUUGUCGUGGCGGCAGAGAAGGUGUGGGGGGACGAGCAGAAGGACUUCCAGUGCAACACGGCCCAGCCUGGCUGCCAUAACGUCUGUUACGACCACUUCUUCCCUGUGUCCCACAUCCGCCUAUGGGCCCUGCAGCUCAUCUUUGUCACCUGUCCCUCCUUCAUGGUGGUGAUGCACGUGGCCUACAGAGAUGAACGUGAGCGCAAACACACGCUCAAAUAUGGCGAGGGCUGUCGGAAACUUUACAAGAACACCGGCAAGAAGCGCGGGGGGCUGUGGUGGACCUACGUCCUGACCCUGAUCUUCAAGAUAGCCGUGGACGGCAUCUUUGUGUAUUUAAUUUAUCAUAUCUAUGAGGGCUAUGACUUCCCCUCUCUCAUCAAGUGUGAGCAGAAGCCCUGUCCCAACAAGGUGGACUGCUUCAUCUCUCGCCCCACAGAGAAGCGUAUCUUCACCAUCUUCAUGGUGGUCACCAGCCUGGCCUGUAUCCUGCUAUCUUUCUUCGAGAUCCUGUACCUGGUGGGGAAACGAUGUAAAGAGUGUUUCAUCCAGAUGCACCAAUCACGCAACUCCACAAUCCAGUCACGCCAGGUGGUCAUGGCUACCUCUCUGGUGAUCGGUGGCAAGAAUCGAAUAGAGUCCAACUCUCUAAAGUUGCCCAGCAAGGAUGCCUCAGCCCCAUCUUAUAGUCAAGGUUGGGGAGUAACUGAUUACAUGUAAUCAGUCACAUGUAACCUGAUUACAAAAAAAUAAAAGUAAUCAAUUACGU